CAGUGUGUGAGACAUUCAGCACAGGAACUGCUGCACACCACUUGGCUGAGAGGAAGAGAUUGAGACAUGUACUUACUGGGGCUGCUGCUGCUAAUGCUGCAGUUACCACCUCUGUCUCUCCAAAAUUCAAACCCCUCAGAGACCAGCGUUGCCAUGGGGAAAGUGAUCCUUUCUGCCCUGGAGAAAGCCACCUCCUAUUUGGAGAAGAGAUACAGGGAAUUUAAUCUGGAUUCAUUGGUGGGAUUUUUGAUGCUAAAAGAACAGCUAACUGGAGUCCUGGAAAAAUGGGCCCAUGACUCUGCCCUGAAACCCUUGACCUUGAGUGUUGAGGAAAUACUAAAAAGGUUGUCACUAAUCAUCCUUGGAGCCAAAGUUUUCCUCAAAAUUGUUGACUUCAAAUACUUACAAGAAUUCCAAGAGACUCUACAGCCAGAGUUUUGGAAGCUUCCUUCUUCAUGGAGUCAAACAAACACCUCCAUGAUCUACUCCAAGUUCAACGACUCAAAUCCUUUCCCAGCAAAAUUGAGUGAUUCUUGCAUGACACUGUUACUAGGAACCACGGAGAAGAACGGUCAGCCCUGCAGAGUCACUGACUACUGCGUGGGACUCAUGACUGCACCUGGAAGAAGUGGCGAAGAACUAGUAAAACAGCUCUUCUACUUCCUAAUAGCCAAAAUGAAAGAAUGCUCAAGUGAUCUGUUCCUCCGAUCAAAAUACUACAUGGACAUCUUUUGUGCUAACAUGAUGGAAUGGAACUUGAAAACAGAAAAAAAUGGAUUCUCGUUCCAAAAUAAAAAUAUCUUCAUGACAUAUAUCAUGCUCUGUGGAUUUUCUGGGUACUCAGAUUUCUACAAGAUCCCUUGGAUUAAGACUAUUCUCAAAUGGCAGAAUUCUGGGGAAGGAUGCUAUUGGAAGAUUUUUGUCAUUGGAAACCGGCCAUUAAUGAGAGGCAAUCACCUUGAAGGUGGUUGUUCUUCCCUGAACACAGCAGCAGCAGUUGCUUCCUUGGGUGGCUUUCUUUAUUACUUUGCAGACAAUUCACCAACCAUCAAUAAGUCCCAUUAAUGCCUUACAACAACCAACCAACGACUGAAAUGGAUGACUCUGUACCUGAUAAUCCUUUUUGUGAUAUGUUCCCUUGGGUCUUGAGUUUGCAUAUAUUUCUAAAGAAAGAGAUAAGCAAAGUACAGGUUAGAUUAAGAUUAGAAAAACCUUGCGUUAUUCUAAAUCAAGGCUAGUAAAGAUAGAAGAAGGAGCAGAGUGACAAUAUUAAUUGUAUCCAGCACAAUGGUUCCAUGAAUGUUCCCCAGGAAUGAUCAAAAUCAGUUGGAUUCAACCAAUAUUAAGCACCUUUUAUGUGCAGUAAACUGUGGUAGGUGCUAGGGGACAUACAAAGAUGAAUAAAUAUUGCUUUUCUCACAGAGCUUACACUAAAAGAAUCCCUUCUUGUACCCCAUGGAAAGGUAAAUUCCAUUUAUUCAAUGCCAGGAAAUUCUGAGGCUAGGGAUUCUUAGGCUUUACAAAUCCCUACCUAUCACAGACUAGAAUAUAUCACAUAUGGUAUGAUAAACAAGUAAAUGUGGUAAUACCAGGAAUAGGAUACUACAAUGAUCAUAGCUAAAAGUAUUCUACUUCACAACACUUGCUUAUUGAGGGAGCCCCCCAGAACAUUUCCUUCUCACCGUUCUUUUGGUUUCAUAAUUAAUGGCAUCUGAUUUUAAAUUAUAAAUGAUUAUUCAUCAUGCUCAUAAAUAUGAACUCUGUUGCCUCAAUGGACUCACCAAGCAUGGACUAUUAAAGACUUCUUCAUUCUCUGCUCUGCUGAUGAUCCCUUUUGGGGACCCUAAAUAUUAUUUAAUAUUCUCCCACAGCUUAGCUCCUCUGCUUCCACAAUCUGUGUAGCCAUCUUUAGGGAUAAUCAGUUUUAUAGAGGCAUAUGUCUAGACUAAUAAAUUAAAUUUGCAUUCAA